AUGGAGGCAGGCCGAAAGCUCGUCUUGGCAGCACGAGAUGGGAAACUUCGAGACUGCAAGGAGUUGCUGAAGUUGCUGCCUGCAAUCGACUUUGCAGAGCCGCCGCUUAUGCGGACUGCCUUCUGGCACGCCGCAUGGAAAGGCCAUGAAGCCGUUUGUCGUCUGCUGCUCGAAAAAGGUGCCGCCAUUAACCAUCAGGAUUUCGAAGGCAGAACGCCCUUACACGAGGCAGCUCACCAUGGCCACGCACACAUCGUUAAGUUCUUGCUUGAGAAUAAUGCGGCGAUCGACUUGCCCGAUGCGAUUGUUGAAAUUCUCUUAAAGGGUGGGGCGGAAACCAACUUCGUCACUCCAGACGAACUGACAUCUUUCCACUUCGCAGCCUUCGAGGGGAGUCCUGAACUGGCGAAGUACUUGUAUUACAAGGGCUCCUGGCGAAACCGCUUUUCACUCCAAGAGAGGAUCGAAGCUGAACGAGCGGAGCAGCUGAUAGCUGACCAAUCAUCCCUUAGCGCUGAGAGGACGAAACCGGAAGGAGUGGUCGCUGCAGAAGCAACGGACACUGCAGGAGAUCUGAUUGAGGCGGCAAGUCUGGAGAAAGAAGCCAUACCCGUUCCCGAAGCAGACCAGGAAAAGGAACAGGAGGCUGAAGGAAAUGGACAGAAUCGAACUCCCGAAAGCGCGGCAACGCGCUUGUCGAGCUUCGGAGGCUUUGACGAUACACUGGAAGAUGGCAACCACGAGGUUGCCGAGAGGUCGAUCCAUUCAGUGGACUCUGUGGACCACGCCCGAGAAACUGAAGGAGAGGCUGACGAAGGAACUGACUUCCCUGUAACAGGGUCAAAAGAGGCUGAAAAAGGAGAACAAGGAGAGGACAAAACUAGCGCUGAACUGGAUGAUGGUACAGAAGAGGACUCCCGCGAUACGGGAGACGUAGGGGAGGUUUAA